CUGUUUCAAGGAAUUGUGCCGACGUUCUGCGAAGAACUAUUCAAAGAUAUCGAGGCAAAAAAGGAAAAUGGUAAAAAAGCCGGCUCGUACGAAGUCUUCAUUUCCAUGUUUGAAAUCUAUUGUGAAAAGAUUCGAGAUCUGCUGUCGAAUAAAGAGCCACCGAAAGGAGGACUUAAACUACGAGAACAUCCGAAAAGUGGAUUCUAUGUCGAAAACCUUUCAAGUGCACCGGUGAACUCGUACAAAGAGAUCGAGGCCAAAAUCGAACAAGGCACCAAGAAUCGAACGAUUGCCGCCACUAACAUGAACGCGACGAGCAGUCGGGCGCACACCAUUGUGAAACUACUCUUCGUGCAGAAAUCAUCAAAAUCUGGCGGUGGAACGACGACAAAGAAGUCCGAAAUAAACCUCGUGGAUCUUGCCGGAAGCGAACGUCAGCGAGAUGCUGGCACAGAGGGGGAUCGAAUGAAGGAAGGCAUUGUCAUCAACCAGUCUCUGUCCACUCUCGGUCGAGUGAUCAAAGCACUUCAUGAACAGCAAAGCAGUAAAGGAAAGAAAAUUCAAAUUCCCUAUCGCGACUCCGUGCUUACAUGUCUCUUGAAGAACGCCCUCGGCGGAAAUAGCAAAACUAUUAUGAUCGCUGCCAUAUCGCCAGCAGAUAUCAACUACGAUGAGACCUUAUCUACACUUAGGUUUGCCGAUCGAGCAAAAGCAAUUAAGACGAACGCGGUGGUGAACGAAAAUCAGACGGAACGCUUGCUGCGCGAGUUAAGAGAAGAAAACGAACGUCUGCAGAAGGAGCUCAAAGGAGGUGGUGGUGGAACCAGCGAGGAAGUUGAGUCUCUUCGACGUCAACUUGAACAAAACCAGAAAGAGAUGGCUGAAUUGGAGAAGACAUGGCAAGAAAAAGUCGCUGAGGAAGCCGCCAAGCUUCAAAGCACAUCUGCCGAGCGUCUGGCGAUUCAGAAACAGCGCAAAGAAAUCCCACAUUUGUGGAACCUCAACGAGGAUCCAGCUUUGACUGACGUUAUCGUUCAUUUCCUGCCACCUGGAGAAGUGACAAUCGGUAAA